GUAUACAGAUUAAAUUAACCCCGUCACUCUCCCCCGUUUCCUUUGGCCCCCUGCUCCCACGUGAGAAGAAGCUGCUUCUUUCUUAGAGGAAGAGGGAGUUCACAGUAAUGGCGGAGGAUGCGCAAGAUAGCGAGAGCUCUCUGAAGGAGGCGCACGAUGUCCAGUCCCAGAUUGAGAGUGCUAUGCGCUCACGCGUCCCUUACUUCAAAGAACAAUCCGAUUCUUUGACUUUUGAGGGCGUCCGAAGAGUCUUAGAGAAAGACCUGGGCUUGGAGACAUUUGCGUUGGAUGUGCACAAAAGAUUUGUUAAGGAACAUUUGGUGGAGGUCUUAGAAGGUGCUGGUGAUGACAAUACCUCAAAGACAUCAGGGGAGAUGGAUGGAAAAAGUUUGGUUAAAGGAGAAGUAGCAGAAUCACUCAAAGGAAAGUCAAAUAAAGACGCGAAGGAAACCUGUUCAGAAGAUGAGGAGAAAAUGGAAGACUCUCCCGUAAUGGGGCUUCUGACAGGGCAUAAAGUGGCGAAAACUGGAACCGAAGAAACUAAAACUACCAACCAAAAUAAGGCUCCAACUGAGAGUGUGAUAAAGUCAGCCCUUAGAAAAAGGGGUUCUUAUAUCAAAGCUAAUUCCGAAAAGAUUACUCUGGCUGGACUUCGCCGACUUUUGGAGGAAGAUCUUAAGCUUGAGAAAUAUACUCUUGACCCCUUUAAGAAGUUUAUAAGUCAGCAACUAGACGAGGUUCUAGAAUCUUGUGAAAUUUCUGAACCUGCUACAACUGCCAAGAAAAAUGUUCUGAAAAGUGCUCAAAGAAAAGCAUCCACUAAGGUCAGAAGUGAUGAGAGUUCUGGUUCUUUAGAUAAUGAAGGUAGUGAGGAAAAAGAUGAAAUAAAACCUAGAAGCAAAAGUGCUCCAAAAGGAAAGAUGCAGAAAAGUGCUCAGAGAAAAGCAUCCACUAAGGUCAGAAGCAAUGAGAGUUCUGGUUCUUCAGAUAAUGAAAGUAGUGAGGAAGAACAUGAAGUAAAACGUAGAAGCAAAAGUGCUUCAAAAGGAAAGAUGCAGAAUACUGAUGGGCAUAAGAAAAGGAAAAGAAUGGCUAAGGAGACUAACGUCUCUGGAAAGAAGAGGAUCAAGCCUCCUCAAAAACAACCAGAGGACAAAAGUGACACAGAAGACACUGGAAAUGUCUCUGAAGAUGAUCGUUCUCGGUCAUCUGCUGAAAAACCUAUAAAGAAGAAAGAAGUUUCAACAACACCUGCAUAUGGGAAACGUGUGGAGCAUCUACGAUCAGUUAUCAAAGCAUGUGGAAUGAGCGUGGCCCCCUCAGUUUACAAGAAAGUCAAGCAGGUGCCUGAGAACAAACGUGAAGCACUUGAUAAAGAGUUAGAGGAGAUACUCUCUAGAGAAGGAUUAUCUGCACAUCCCUCUGAGAAAGAAAUCAAGGAAGUCAAAAAGAAAAAGGAAAGGGCAAAAGAGCUCGAAGGCAUUGACAUGAGUAACAUUGUAACGAGCUCACGUAGAAGGUCCACAACUAGUUUUGUGCCUCCUCCAAAGCCCAAAAUACAAGUUGAAAGUGAUUCUGAUGAUGCUGAAAGUUCAGAUGAUGACAAUGAUGAAGCUGACAACAGUGACAAGGAAGAGAAUGAGGUUGAGGACAAGGACAUUGAGGAUAAUGGUAAUAGUGAUGACAACCAUAGUGAUGAGGAUGAAGCUGAUGACAGUGAUUAAGUUUUAAACUAUUUAUGUACAAUGUAGAGUCAGAAUAGCCUUAUUCUGAUAUUUCUUAUGGGUGCGGGACAGAAUAGCAGUGAUGAAGUUGGACGAAUAACUUUCAGUUAUAUUACCGAAUAAUCUUGUUACUCUUGCCACCAUAACAGCUCUUUGCACAUCAGAAGCAGGGAUAAUAGUUCUCUCAACAAAUUGGUUUCUUCGGGUGGUUAAAGCAGACACCCAUCUUGCUGCAGUUUGCAUAAAACCUUUCUUUUGAAAUUGGAUUGAGCAACAUCCGACAAGCAUUUUUCUCAACUUUAUCUGCUUUUAGUGACAUGUAUUGCGACUUUAUUGUUCCCUUUCGAUACCAGGGUAUUUUUGUAGUGUUCAAUUUACUGUAUCUGGAAGAUUGAUAGUUAGUCACGGUUAAUGUGAAAUGCAAGCUGUUGUUAUGUACGAAGGAUUCUCCAUGAUGCAAAUUAAGAGUGAUCACUCAGGCAGAGGAUCUUUUCA